AUGUUUAUAACCGGGGCCCUUUAUUCAACGUGUAAACUCAACUACCGGCCGUCUACCCACGCAUCAGAUCUUAGGCCAAACACGGUGCAGAUGGACAACAGGGCCCCCAAGUUUGGAUCCAAGCACAACCCACCAUCGGGAGACCAACCCACCGGAGCUCGAAUCCAGCAUUUGAUCAAGACCAAAUCGCCAGCAACCGGCUCACGCAGAGCCGUCGCAAAUGUGCUGGUGUAG